AUGGCGGCCGAACUGGUGGAAGCGAUGAACAUGGUCAAAAGUUUCCGGGUCUCGGACCUGCAGACACUGCUGGCCUCAAUGGGCCGCAGCAAAAGCGGGUUGAAACAGGACCUGGUGGGUCGAGCGUUGAGGCUGGUACAGACGGAGUACAGCCCAGAGUUGCUGAAGAAUGUCAGGCAGCUCUAUGAGUCUCGCUUCCCUAGGACAUCUGGCUGGCUUGCUGCCCGACGUCCAGAGGGGGUCCCGGUGGCCUACUCAUCGAUCAGCUCCUCGCCAACUGCAACCUCUCAGGGUGCAGACUACCUCAAUGGCAUUUCCAAACCCAUCUCCACACCUGCAGCAGAGGUCAAGCUGAUGCCACUGCCGUUUUACCAAACCUUGGAGACACUUUUGCCGCCUACAGAGCUAAUUGCCCAGAACAAUGAGAAACUGCAGGACAGUCAAUGCCUAUUUGAAUUAACGCAGAACCAGGCAGACCAGAUCCGAAAUGCUAGUGAGCUUCAGCCAGGAACAAAAUCCAUUCAAGUGGUUCUCAGAAUCUGUUACACAGACUCCAUUGGUGUUCAGGAGGACCAAUACCCUCCCAACAUCGCUGUAAAAGUCAACCAAUCUUACUGUCAUGUACCAGGCUAUUACCCCUCAAACAAACCUGGUGUUGAGCCCCGUCGGCCUUGCCGCCCUGUGAACAUUACCCCCUGGUUACACCUCUCCACUGUCAGUAACAGAGUCACCAUCACAUGGGGCAACUUUGGCAAGAGGUACUCUGUUUCAGUUUACUUGGUGAGGGUGUUCACCUCUGAAGACCUCUUCAGCCAGCUGAAGCUGUGCUCUGUUGAGAGUGCAGAGCGCUGUCGUGAACGUAUCCAAGACAAACUGCGUUUUGACCCAGAGAGUGAAAUUGCUACCACAGGCCUCCGGGUUUCUCUCAUCUGUCCACUGGUAAAGAUGCGGCUUGGUGUACCAUGUCGCGUUUUAACCUGUGCCCAUCUUCAGUGUUUCGAUGCAGUCUUCUUCCUGCAGAUGAAUGAGAAGAAGCCCACGUGGACUUGCCCUGUAUGUGACAAGCCUGCUCCAUUUGAGCUCCUCACCAUUGAUGGGCUGCUGUCUGAGAUUCUUAAAGACACCAGUAAAGACAUUGAGGAGAUUGAGUACCUCACUGAUGGCUCCUGGCGACCCAUCAGAGAUGACAAGGAGAGGGACAGGGAGAGGGAGCGUAGCAACACCCCAGAUUACCCUGUGGUUGAUAUCUGCAUCCCUGAGGCAAAUGGCCACUCACCAGCUCACAGCAGCACCAGUCAAACGGGAAAGUCUGGAACUGGGUCCAUGGGGAUGGCAGGAGGAGCUACCGUUACAUCGACGGGAGGUGCAGUAGUAGAUCUAACUCUGGACUCCUCCUCCGAAGAGGAGGGGGGAGGGGCCGGCGGAGACAGCGAAGACACUGAGGACAGUGCUGACAGUCCUGCCCCUAAGAGGGGUCGAUACAACUAUGACAAGGACCUGGUUACUGCUUACUGACUGGCCGGACGCCCAAGCCCUACUCCCCCAUAGACUGACACACAGAGAAAGGGAGAUAGAGGCAGGGGCCAGUUCCAAGGAGAGGAAUACCCCCACCCCACCCUUUUCCAUUCCCCUUACAUCCGGACAUCAGAACCUCUGGCUUUUAUCCAGACAAAACAGACCCUGAAAUAUGUACUGUUCAUGAGUUUUAAAGUUAGAGUGGUUAGGAUUCCUCUGCUUGUACUGUACACCACUGGAAAUAGCAGCUCUCUGACUUGGUUUGACCUCCCACCUCCUGACAGUGAAUACCUGUUUGCUCCUCCCUCUCUGAGGAAACUCAUUUCAUAGCGUAAUCACCGCCACCCCCCUCUUCUCUCCAGGCAAUUCUUUCCUCCCUUGCCCAUCUCCCAUCUUUAUAUUUGACUUGGACUUACGGCUCUUUUAGCCGUGGGCUUUCAAUGUUGGCUUUUUUUUUUCUUCUUCUUCUUCUUCUUCUUCUUCUUCUUUUUUUUUCUUCUUUUUUUUUGCCACAUUUGUGGUGAAUAAGAAGGUGGAAAAGGAAAGUCCAUGAUAGUUCUUUUGUUAGAAGUCAAAAAUUAAAUGACUAAAGAUGGGAACUAGCAUAGGUAAUGCGGGGAGGCCAAGCUAGCUGUUUCUGGAGUGAUGCAAAUUUAAAGCGCUCUCCUAUUACAUUGCUGGUGUGGUUAUAUUUGUUCAUAGAAUGGAGUUAAAGCUUGAAAACAUUCUUCAGGAAUUUUUCCCUUUUGAUAAUGGAUGGGCAAAAAGAAGAGACCCUCUGACUACCCUUGGUGUUUGACGCUUCCCAUUUUUAUUUGUCCUUAGAUAAAGAGAACCUACCUCAGUCAUAAAAACUAAGCAGACUGACCAGAGUAGCUUAAAAACAAGGACAGAAGUAUUGAUGAAAGUCGAUCUGAAGCCAAGUUUACACUGGAGAUUUUGUUUCUUUUUUUUUUUUUUUCUCUCCCUCUCUCUUCAGCAACAUUUCAUACAGCGCUGUCCCCACUGGAGUGACAAAUUCUUUGACCAAGUUAACUGUAGGUGGUGAUCAUGAUGUAAAAGCUUGUCACUGGAGCUGUGCUUCUCUGCAAAACCUUUGCUGUGAUUUUCUUGCUCGAACACCAGAAACUAAGGGUGGAUUUGACAACAGUACAGUCUAGGUGAGACUUAUAAAAAUGAUUAUAUGGCAGUUGUGCCAAAGCAGGUUUAAUUAUCCAUUGAUGAGACAUGGUAAGGAUAUUUGGGUGCCUUUUUUUUUUUUGCCGUUUCAACAGUGAAACGGUCAAUAGAUUAGCCCGCUGUUGCAAGGCUGGUUGAGCUGGCUAGCAGAUGACACCCUGGUUUGGCAGAUGUACUUUUUUCCAUUUUGUUUGGUCAUUUGCGUACCCCCCCCCCCCCAUUUGGAUGAUUAGAGAGAGAAAAGAUUAAUUAGAUGGUCGCAAAAUAGCAUUCAAGAGUGCUGGUAUCAUUUUCAGCUUUUUGAUUUCCUUGUCUAAAACUGUAAUAUUUAUUUAAUUGUUUUGUUUGUUUUUUGUUUUUUUGUUUUUUUUUUAUGAGCGGUUUGUAGUAACUGUACAUAAUAAUUGGCAUGGCAAAGAGUUCGAUACAGACAGGAGCGCUUUGUUCGGGAAGGCAGGAAUUUUGAUAUUGAUAUUUGUACGAGUUGAAAAUGAUCCAGGCUCAUGGUGCUUCUGCUUAUCUGAAUAUUUCCUUUUUUUCGAACCAGCCCCACUUAGGUUAAGCUGCCAUUCAAAAUAUUUUGCUGCAGAAGAUGCAUUUUGGUUGGUGCAACUUGAAAGUGAUUGGCUGUCAACCAGUUUCAAAGUAAUUGAUUCAGUGCUGAGCUCUACACCGAGCAACAUCGCCCCCCUGCCCCUGCACUAGUAUCACCAACGGGUGAUGGCUCUUUCUCAGGCUGGAUGUGAAGGCUUCGGUUUUUGUCUACGAUAGUACUGUUAAAAAAAAUAAAAUGAAUAAAGACAAAAGAACUUUUGAUUGGAAAGACUUGAAUGAGAAAAGGCGCCCCCCCCCCUUUUUUUUUUUCUUUCAUUAUGUCAUGUGUUGAGGGCCUGUCCAGGCCGGUGCAAGGCUUCCCAGAUUAGUAGUGUGGAUGGAGGGGCUCUGACAACUGAGCAGGUCUCUUCAGCCCAGCCUCACUCUAUUAUUCAUGCUGAUCAAGAAAAGGGAAAAACAAGGGGUUUUUUGGAGUAAUAGAUUUCCCGCACUAAUUUCAGACACAUGCUUGCAGUCUGUUUUUGUUGCCCGUUAUGGAAAUGGUAUCUAAAAGUCCGUUUUUAAAAACCUGUCUGCCAUCUUUUCAUUUUGAAAAUAAAGUUAAAGUGUAAUGCCAUCGCCCUACUUGCUUUUCUACAUUGAUCUAGGCUUUACUGUUGCAAAUACAUCUUCUAAUUAGAUUUAUGGCUGGAAAAAGGUAGGUUUGGUCAAAAUGUCUUCCAUUUUGCCUCUUCUUUUGACACUUUGACUCAGCUUACGAAUCAGUGAACUGCUAUGUUGAAAACUUUCUGCACGAUUGAUGGCACUUUGCCUUUGAUAAUGGAUUGGCCCCUGACUAGGCUUUUUUUCCUGCGUAAGCUGUUUGGAAGCAACGUCGUCCCGGGUCGUCCUCUGUGUGGAGUUUGCAUGUUCUCCCCAUGUCUGCGUGGGUUUCCUCCGGGUGGUCCGGUUUCCUCCCACAGUCCCAAGACAUGUAGGUCAGGUGAAUCGGCCAGGCUAAAUUGUCCCUAUUUUGUGUGUGUGUGUGUGUGUGUGUGUGUGUGUGUGUGUGUGUGUGUGUGUGUGUGUGUGUGUGUGUGUGUGAGUGAGUGAGAGAGAUGGUCUGGCAACCUGUCCAGGGUGUCUCCCUGCCUGCUGCCCAGUGGCUGGUGGGAUAGGCUCCAGCAUCCCCGUGACCCUGAGAGCAGGAUAAGCGGUUUGGGGGAUGGGUGGAUAAUAAAGAACUCUUAAUACCCAUCGUUAACUAGUCUUUGGUCAUAAGGAACGGCUAGCCAUAUUAGAUGUCACUGUUUAUUUACUCUUAGGUUUAGAAGAUCAUCUCGCAAACGGAUCUCCUACACUUUUCCCAUGCGAGGUUAAAGAAGACAGGCAUCGCAGGUUUCUUCUUUAAAGCUGAGCCAGAUCUGUCUGUUAACAGGGCAUGAGAGGGGCUGAAGAGAGCAAAGGGGUCAGUUUCUGUAUAGUGGCAUCUCCUACAAUAAUGCAUAAGGUAGCAUGGGCAGAGGCUUACAAUCCACAAUGUAAAUAGUUUUAUUUGUUGUGUCUUUUUAUAUGUUCAUAUUAAAAGACAAUAAAAAUUUAAAUAAUAUUUUGUUAAGCUUUGAAUCGCCACCAGUUGUUCCUGGCAAACUGACACAAUAAAAACUCAUGGGUACCAGUAUUGAAUCUGAUGCCACUAAGGACUGAUCGAGGACCACUUGAGGCUUAGAUUGUGAUUUCCUGUACCAAAAUGCUUGGAUCUUGAGGGCACGUUUAUUGCCUGUUGAAGAAAACUGUAAAAUGAUCAUAUUCUAACACCUGUUAUUGAUGUGUGGAAUAAUUAAA